AGGCGGAAGAGGAGGUGCUUCUCUAGCCUCUUCCUCGGGAUUGCCGAGGAGGCAAGAAGUCCCAAGCGGGCCACUUUCUGGCCAUGUCGGAACUGGCGUUGGAGGAGCUCUCUGCCAUCGCCGCUAUUUACUGCGGGAAAGAUGAAUGCGAAGUGCUGGGAGUGUCAGAGACGGAGGGAAUCUCAUUUAAGAUUCAGACCCAUGUGAAAGGACCUUUGGGCAGAGAUGUAUCAUUAAAGCUGCUGUUUCAUUUACCAAUCAGUUACCCGUCAAGCUUGCCAAAUAUCUCUGUUAACUCUGAGCACCUUACAAGGACACAGUGUAUGGCUGUAAGAGAGAGAUUACUUGAGGAAGCAAAGAAACAUUUUUCACAACCCAUGGUACACGAGCUGAUUCUCUGGAUACAGCAGAAUCUCGGGGAUGUUGUCAAGCAAGCCGGAACAUCAGCCUGCAGUGAGAAAAGUACUCUGUCAGCAGGCACAGCGGAGGAUGAUGGCAUCUGGACUGUCCUUUUGCAUUUAGAUCAUAUGAGAGCUAGGAGAAAAUAUGUCAAAACUGUGGAAAAAUGGUGCACAGAUCUAAAGCUGACUGGAAGACUAAUGUUCAUGGGCAAGAUUAUUCUGAUUCUUCUUCAAGGAGACAGAAGGAAUAUUAAGGAAUAUCUUCACCUUCAGAAAACUAGCAAGGUGGACGUGGAUUCAGGUGGAAAGAAGUGUAAGGAGAAAAUGAUUAGUGUACUCUCUGAAGCAAAAGUGCAGAGAGAACAUAGAAGGUUUCAGGCAUUUGAAGUCAAAGAGUAUUCAUCGCUGGAUGAGCUACAAAAUGAAUUCAAGGCAGCAGGACUUACAGAACUAUUCAGUGAGUUUGUGCCAGCGCUGUUAAAGUAAAUUUAAUGCAGACGCAUCUGGUUGUGACUAAAACUGUCAUUGAGCAGAUCCAGUGGAUGCUGAGAGAAGAUAAAAUGAAAGGUUGGGUGGUGAACAGCUCUUCAAGCUUCCCUCCAUCAUGAAAUGUCAGAAAAACCCAUCUCUUCUGCAAGAAACAAAAGGCUGUUCUCAUAAUUCAGACAAAACAGUAUUUUUUGACUGUGCACCCUGACAACCGAGUGCCAGAAACUGCCAAGGUUCUUAACAGUUGAUAUUUAAAAAUUGUAGGUCACAUGAGAAGGAUGACAGCGAAAUCACUUUUCUUUAAGAUGUGGAUGGAAAUGUUGCAAUUAUUUCUCAUUCUCCUGCAAUUAAAUUAUAUUUUAAAGAAAA